AUCACCCCCUCUGCUAAUGAGUCCUCGGCCUCUGCAACAUCCCUUGGAUCUUCUACUCCUCCGUCUGGCUUCUCUGCGGCUCUUUCUGGCUCUUCUACAGCUUCAUCUGACUCUUCUACAAUGCCAUCUGGUUCUGCUAUAAUUUCGUCAACAAGUGAUUCGCCGCAAAUCUCUCCCUCUAUGAGUUCCUCUACAAUGCCAUCGACUACUAUUGUUUCUUUGUCUACCGACUCACCCAAUCGCACCUCAGAGGGUACCGCAUCUUCCAGUUCACUGGCACCCACUUUUUCCGCUCAAACUUGCCCUACUACUUCAUCCGAAGUGUCAGCGGUUCUUACUCAUAACAACGAAACACCUGCUUUAUCGCUGCAUUCUAAUUCUUCAACACUACUGACAAAGAAGCCUCAUGUUAUAGACUCGGAUCGCACACGCUCUACAUCAGGUACCUGUAAAUCACCUGGACAACAUACUCACAUGGAGUUAGGGACUACUCGGACAUCUGUCUCGAUUCCGCCUGAGGCAUCGCCGUCGCUAGACGUGCAAGAGCGAAUAUCAUCAGGUUCACUUGCCUCACUUACCUCGACGACGAAACGCAAGUUCAAGAAUCCACUGGACGAUAUACAGCACAAACGUCAGGAAACUGAACGAGCGGCACUCGCUCGAUCCAUUCCGACAUCGGUUGAUAUCGAAUCCUACAGAACAUCGCAAACGACAUCCGCACCUACCACUAUGAUGCACUCUCAGGCAACAUCAACAAACCAGUACGGCCGUUCCGAUCUGGCAAGCCCCAUACUGCGAGGAACAUCUUCGACAGGGACUUCAUGGCGAAACCGGAGAACAAGCGGGUCACAACAGCUGAAUUCAAUGAGGUCAGGCGGAACAUUGAUCAAGCCAAACGAAAGGAAUUCGAAGCACGCGAACGCGAGCUGAAGCAAGUAAAGGGCGAAACGAAGCAACUUGCAGGCGUUCGGACUUAGUGUUUUGGAUUGCGAGCGGAGGUUUACUUGCUGCAGACUCUACGGACGUCCCUUAUGGGGACACUGGUAUAGGAGGGGUGCGAACGGCAAAAUAUAGCUUGCAUUGGGACCGUAGUUUAGAGCGGCUUUCAGCGGGCUGUAAGAUGUAUAGAGCAUCCAUCUGAACGAGUUUGAACCACUUUCGUG